AUGCAUAUAACUGAAGCUCAAUGUGAAGCAUUAGGAAUUCUAAAUAAAGUCACUCUUGUUGAAGCACCUUUUCUAAAUAUUUAUCAGCAAAGAAUUAAAGAAUUGUGGGAUGUAUAUAAAAUCGAAUUACUUUUUACAGGUGAUAUUCCUGACAUUUGUAAUAAUUUCAUGGUUCAUGCUACUGAAGAGUCUGGAGUUGAAUUAGCUAAUGAAGGAUUUGAUAUAGUUGUAUUCUGUGUUAAUAUUGACAAAAUAGAUCAAACAGUAGCAAUUGAUUCAGUUGGACAAUCUUAUUUUCAUGGCUAUGAAAAGAUCAAAGAAAUAAAUGUGAACAGCAGUUUUUUAAAAGCUAAUCUAUAUUAUGCUGUCGCCACCGAAUACAAUAUAACUUUUAUUGAUGGAACAAGUCCAGACCCGUGGCGGUUAGGAGCCACUAGACCUGAACUGAUCAAAAUGGCAACAACACCGAUACCUAGUGCAAGAAGAAUUGUUGAUAUUAAAUCAAAUUCAGCUUUUAUUUCAAUGAUGUGGCCAAGAGAAGUACCUUAUUUUAAACUUGAAACGAAUGUAAAUCUGGGUGGUAGAAAUACAAUAUUACCAAUAGAAACUGUCUUAAAUGAAAUUUAUUUGAUAAGAAAAUACUGUUUUGAGAAUUUAUCACCGGAUACAGACUAUACUCUAACUACAUAUUUUGGACAUUACUACCUUCCAGAUGAUGGUUUCGAAUCAUUGGCAGAUUUACAAACCAUCAGAACUUUAAAAAAUUGA